AUGCUGUCAACGAAUGAGGACGCAGAUAUUAAUUCUUCAUCAAAUACAUUCUCUGCAGAGGUAAAGGGUUUUUAUGACGAGGCGGAGGAGUCCCAGGGAUAUGAUAAUCCUGAUGAUCCGGAGAUUACGAACCCACGAUCCCUCAGUUUUGACGAAGCUGCGCGAUGCCUAAGCCUUCUGGGGAAGAACGAUUCUGGUCUCAGAUAUUCUUUCCUGAUGCUGACCGCCUCGGAUAAGCUUUUAACAGAUAUCAGCAUCAUUCCAACGUUCAGAAACUUAUUAUUCGUUGAUGUAAGUGGAAACCUUCUGACGCUUUCUGAGAUACAAAUUCUAACAGCAAUGACGUAUCUUCUUAUGAUAAAAGCGGAUCGAAAUCGGAUCGAAAGCGCCAAUUUUCAAUCAAACAUGCUCUACCUACAAGUGCUAUCUUUGAACCGUAACAAGAUUAGAGAAACAAAGGGGAUUUCCCACCGUCUUUUAGAGUGUUUGGAAUUGAGCAACAACUCCAUAAAAGCAGUCGAUCUCAAUCCCUACGAGUUGGAAAAUUUGAAAGUUUUAGAAAUUCGAGGGAAUAUUUUAACGACUAUGAACGGAUUGUUAUUUCGAAAUCUAAGAGCGCUCUACAUAGCGGAGAAUCGUAUCGAAAGGAUCGAAGGACUGGAGACGCUUCUGAAUUUAGAGACUCUUCACGCCCGAGGAAAUUUCAUAUCCAGUUUUGAUGCCCUCUACAAAACUUCGAAUAUUUGUCCGAAAUUGAGUUAUCUGAAUUUAAGGGAAAACAAAAUAUCGAGGAUCUCAGAAUUCCGCAAGUUACAACAGUUGAAGAAACUUGAAAUUCUCGUGACGUCGCAAAAUCCGUUUGAAAAAAAUUAUGCAGUCGAUAACUCUUACAGAAUUAAUUUGCUAGCAAUUUUUCCGGGUCUGAAAAGAAUCAACAAAGAUCCAGUUCUUGCAGAAGAACUAGUCGAGGCCGAUAGGAUUAAAAAACAAAAAUUCCCCGAUGAAAAUAUCUCCGACGCCGACGAGGUCAUCGAACAACCUGAGCCAAAUGCAACCCCCUAAUUUUGCGAAAUAUUAUUGAUUAUUAAUCAUUUUAAAAUCAUUUAAAACGAAAAUGAAGAGCUGAAUAGUACAACUCAGCUCUCCCAGCGCGAAAUUUUAUUCACGGGAUUAUUGAAUAUUUGAAAUUGAGUAAUCGAUUUGGUCAAGA